AUGGACGGUUCUCCCUAUCCGACUAAUGGUAUAAACGGGACCUCUGCGGCACAGACAUAUCCUUCUCCCACCGCGAUCUCUCCGAACCAACUCCAAACAGGAUCACCACUUCCUCAGACUUUGCCGCCUUUGCAGCCUCCAACCGCAGCUAUGCAGCCUCUCUACGGCAGUCACCCGCAUACCCCGCGGACUCCUGGUACUCCCAACACGCCAAAUUCGGCUUCGAAUGUGCCUCCCUACCAGACAUCGCAGCCGGCUCCUCGACCUGGUGUUUACUCCAUGGCGCAAAACCCAUAUCCUCCUAACCAGGGAUAUGCCACCUCUGCGCCCAUGAUGCCUCAGACUACCGCGGCCAUCUCUCACCCGCAGCCCAUUGCUCCCGCUCCUGUUGGUGGACGUGGACCGCCAGUCCUCCGCCCCAUGCCUCCCGGUGGCAUCAUGGCCCAGCCUGGUGUUUCUUCUCCCUACGGACCCGGAUCUCUGAUGCAGGCCAACCCGGUUAUGCAGGAUGGAGAGCAGCCUACUCACGUUGUCGGGUCUCAGGGACGCCGCGGAAUCUUGCCCAGCGCUCCAGGCCGCCCUGCGGCUCCUACUGCUGGAAAUGGCACAAAGAGCACUGUCAUUCCUGUCAAGGAUGCGGACGGCAAGUUCCCUUGCCCUCACUGCACCAAGACUUACCUCCAUGCAAAGCAUUUGAAGCGCCACCUCCUUCGCCACACUGGCGACCGCCCUUACAUGUGUGUGCUUUGCCGUGAUACGUUUUCUCGAAGUGACAUUUUGAAGCGCCACUUCCAAAAGUGCUCCAUUCGCCGUGGAAACCCCACCGGAGCGAGCCACUUGUCCCACCCUCAGGCUCACGUUAAGAAGAACGCUCAGGCUCAGAAGGCUGCUGGCCUUGGCAACGAGGGAGACAUGAACCACCUCAACGGUUUGAACAACAUGCCCGGCGACGGCAUGGUUCAUCCCUUCGGCAUGGUUCCCGUCUCUGAUGGCAUGAACAACAUGGCCGGUCAGGACCACCUGUCUCGUUCCAGCAGCGCCAACCAGGACCGGAAUAACAUGGCCCCCAGCAUGGGAGCUCCCCAGCCCUACGGUGCUAAUGUUUCUAACUCCAUGAACAACCAGCAGAUGCCUAGCUACAGCAUGCCCCCGGGUCAGAACGGAAUGCCCAUGUAUGGUGGAUCUAACGGGAACCAACAAUCUGGCCUCGAUUGGUCUCAGAUGUUCCAGGCUGGUGCGCAUCAACCCCUCAACAACAAUAUAAUUCCUCCUCCUAAUCGUGGACAGACGCAGAUCGCAACCAAAACCGGGCCUAAUCACGAUUCGGGGGCGACGGAUUGCAGCUCCAGCGAUUCCGUCCGCUACUCUAUGUGGGGCAUCCCGACGAAUAUCCAAAAUCCUUAUCCUCAACUCUCUAACCAAAUACUCAAUUUCCUUUACCCUCCGAAUGAGGCGAUUGACCCGACCUUGACGGGCAUGAACCUUUACUUCUCCCCCGAUAAUACUAAAGAUUUCAUCGAUCAGUACCCAAACUUCCACGAUCAUGUUCCUAUUCUUCACCCGAGCACUUUUCGAGUUAUGGAGGCACAUCCUGGACUAGCCGCGUGCAUGUGUUGCAUUGGCGCAUGUUACUCAAAACGGGUUGUGCUCUCUGAUGUGCGGGAAAUGAUGGACGCGUUAUGGACGGCGAUGGAGCGUGAUUGCCGAAUUUUCUCUGAAGAGAGCUUGCAUGAUGCUGAUGUUGCAGAAGUCACGGAAUCGACUUUGGAAGAGCUACAGGCAGUGCUGCUGACUUGUACACUUCAUAUUGCCAACGGGACGUCGCAACAGAGGCAUCGAGCUUUAAGAAUAUCACCAAUGAUCGCUGCGCAAGCUCGUCGUUUAGGUUUGCUCGGCGUAUCCGGCGACCCAUCAGUCUACUCAGCACUUCAUCACCCAAGGCCUGGCGGUCAUCAUGACCUGAAGCCUGAUGAAUUUGACUGGCUAGCCUGGACCGGGCAAGAGCUGCGAAUUCGUCUGAUGCAUGCUCUUCUUAUGCAAGAUACCGUUCUUGAGCUGUUCUUCAACAUUCCCGCCCAGUUUGAUCCUUCUGAAGUGCAUCUCCCUCUCCCUUGUGACGACGCGGCUUGGAACGCGGCCAACACCAACGAUUGUGCCUCAGCACUUGGACUGAGUGGGGAUGACUUGGCCAUGUCAGUCAAUCCACGCGGUACUCGUCGUCCUGCGCAAGCAGAGUUGCACUUGGCCCGUCAAGUGCUACUCUAUGAUGGCUGGCAAAUCAGACAGGGAACUACGAAUCAUCUCGGCAAAACGCUUCUAGGAAUAACAAUGAUUGCUAUAAUUCGACUUGUGCAAAGGGUUGGCAGCUUGAGCUACCUUCACGCUGAGGGCGGACUUCCUUCUAUGGAUUGGAUCGUGCCUCAGGGCAGUGCGAACCAACCCGACAGCUUGUCUCAAUUUGAUGAAUCACACCAUGGAAUGGACCCGCGCACAUUUGCCAAUAUUCUCUCGGCGCUUGACAAAUUACAAAAAAGCUGGCAUGACGACAUGCCAAUUCAGGGACCAAAUCAUGGAGGUGUGCUCUUGCCGUCAGUGGCUCGUCAUAUUUUGUUGAACCCUGCGUUUGCGACGGUAGAGUCGGAAGAUCAAGAUGAAUAUGUGGUUACAUGCAAAGCUUUGCGACAGUAUUGCGCAUCUCUCAAAAAGGAAUCUGAAGUGGAGAAGUUGGGUGGAGCACAGGACGCCAACGCUCAGUUUGGCGAAAGGGAAGAUAUAUUGGAUUUGGCACGGAUAUUUGGUUCAAUACCCCAUGAGUCGGACGAUACUGGACUUGCUUGA